GUGCACUGAACUGGAUACAGUGUUUUAGAAGAGGACUUGGCUUUUCUGUCUUGUGUGCUCUGUGCUUUUAUUUUGGAAGGGACUGUUUUUCUCAAACAGGACACUAUGCUGAAGUUUAGUGUCACCCACAGCUCCAGUCACAAUGAGCGGAAGGUGACCUGUAAGCACCCAGUGUCAGGCAUCCCCUCGCAGGACAACUGCAUCUUUGUCGUAAAUGAACAAGUGAAUUGUGCAAAGCUUGUCCACCCUGACAAGCCCAUAGAGGUUCUCACCAGGCCGGCUCCUAAGGCUUCGUCAGAGCAGAGCAGCACCAGUGACAAUAAGGAACGUCCCAUGAGCACCAUGAGUGAGGCAUCAAACUACACAGGUGGCUCCGACUACAGCACCUUCAAUGCCAGCCCAGCCACCACCGUCACUACUGCCACCACCACCACCUCCACUUCAUCGACACGGCCCUCAAGGUCUUCCAAAAAAGUACACAACUUUGGAAAGAGGUCCAACUCCAUCAAGAGGAAUCCCAAUGCCCCAGUGGUCAAGAGCAACUGGCUUUACAAGCAGGACAGCACUGGCAUGAAGCUGUGGAAAAAGAGGUGGUUUGUCCUGUCUGACAUGUGCCUCUUCUACUACCGCGAUGAGAAAGAAGAUAGCAUCCUGGGAAGUAUCCUGCUGCCCAGUUUUCACAUCUCCAUGCUGUCAGUGGACGAUCACAUCAGCAGGAAAUACGCCUUCAAGGCCACUCACCCCAACAUGCGGACGUAUUAUUUCUGCACUGACACAGCCAAAGAGAUGGAAUCCUGGAUGAAAGUCAUGACUGAUGCUGCCCUCGUCCACACCGAACCAACCAGAAGACUGGAUAAGUUGAAAGUGGACCAGCGGACGCCUCACGAGUUGAACAACUUACUCAACCACAGAGUCCUAACCCGACCCGAGAUCCAGAACAACGAGCGCAACCGCGAGCCUCUGCGACAGCACUCCUUAUCUCGAGUUGACGACAAACGGCAAAAAGACAUUGAGAAACACAACGGCCAGAGAGAGCGUGAGUACUAUACGUUACAGAGGGACGGGGAGAGGUACUCCCUGAAGAAAGACGGCGUGAGCUACACGGUUCAGAAGGACGGAGACAGGUAUCUCCUCCACAAGGACGGGGAGAAGUACCUGCUGCGAAAAGACGGCGAGAAAUCUGUGCUGCAGAAAGACGGAGACGUGUGUGCCAUUCACAGGGACAUGGAGAAGUACGCUGUUCAAAAAGUGGAUGAAAAGUACACAGUAAUGCCAAUGGAGGAUAAAUAUGCUCCAUCUAAAGAUGGAGAGAAGUACUUGCUCACGAAGGAUGGUGAAAAAUAUGCACUGCAGAAAGUAGGAGACAGACACACACUCCAGAAAGACGGACAGAAAUACGUUCCUCAAAAAGAAGUGAAGAGGCAGCUGUCAUUAAAGGAGACAGAGAGAUACAGCACGAUGAGUGACAAUAAAUAUGGUACUAUACAAGUUGUGGACAAAUACGGCACUGUGAAGGAAGUGAAGAAAUACAGCACGCUACGAGAAGGAGAUAAAUACGCCACCCUCACAGACGUACAGAAGUAUGCUACGGUCCGUGGUGGAGAUAAAUACGGCUUUCAGAGAGACCCGAGUGCAGAGAGGACUCUCACUAAAAUCAGCAGCAUCAAGCUGCAGCCGGCACAGGCCGCCGCCAUCGCGGCCGCGGUGUCCGCGUCUCGCCAGGGCCAGGCCAACCUCAACGUCCAAAAGCCUGUGCAGGUCAACGGCUCUGGAUCCACAUCAGGGGAGCAGCAGACUGGGGACUGCAGCCCAGCAGAGGUGGACGCCAGCCUGGCUGGGGGUCCAUUAAAGUCCCCUGCUCCAGUCCAGGAGCCGGAGAGAGGACUGUCCAGGACCAACUCCAUGCAGCAGCUGGAGCACUGGGUGCGCACACACAGGACGAGAGGACCGGAUGAGGAAACCAGGAGUAUUACGUCCUAUCAGACCUUACCCAGGAACAUGCCCAGCCACCGUGCUCAAAUCGUGCCCCGCUACCCGGAGGGCUAUCGCACGCUGCCCCGCAACAGCAUGGUCAGGCCCGACAGCAUCUGUAGCGUGGCGGGCUCCGUCUAUGACAGGGCCCUCCGUCCCGCGUCCACCACCACUGUCACCACGGCGGAGAAAAGGAGGUCGAUGAGGGACGACACCAUGUGGCAGCUGUAUGAGUGGCAGCAGAGGCAGGCCUACUCCAGGCAGAGUCUGGCACAGCCAACAGGUGUUGGUCAUUAUGGCACCCUCCCCACCACAAAGACCAUGGGCAACAUCUCCGAACACACCGUGGCGCACUCCAUCCCCACCUCGCCGUCUCACGGCUCCCUGGCUCUCUACAGCACCUUCUCCCCUCCUCGCCAGCAGGUGGCUCACAACCCCAACAGUACCCACUCUGAGGUGUCGUCACCUGUUUUCAGGGGGGACGCAACGCUGGACCAUCGGCACAAGACGCAACUUGCUAAGUAUGGCUACCAGCCAGACCGACGAUCCAUCGCAGCUGGCGUCCCUCCUCAGACAAUCACCCCACAGUCUCUGCAAGGCAAAACACCCGAGGAACUGACCCUGCUGCUGAUCAAGCUCCGCCGGCAGCAGGCGGAGCUCAACAGCCUGCGGGAACACACGGUAGCUCAGCUAAUGGCCCUGGGUUUGGAGGGGCCCAACGCUAAGACUGAUGUUCUUUCUCAUCACCUCCAGAGGAACCUUAUUUACCUGGACAGCCAGACGAAGGAGAAUGAGCCUCUAAUCUUCAUGAUUCACACUAUGAUCGAGAACUCGGCACCAAGGCCGCAACUCUACCAGCAAAUCAGCCCGGAGGACUACAAAGACGGCUCCUUCAUCCAGCGCACAGAGGAGGCCGACAUAGACACCAAGCUGAGCAGACUGUGUGAGCAGGACAAGGCGGUGAGGAUGCAGGAGGAGAAACUCCAGCAGCUACACAGAGAGAAGCACACACUGGAGACGGCCCUCCUGUCGGCCAGUCAGGAGUUGAGUGAACAGAACGGAUCCAACGCUACAGCCAUACAGAGCCUGGUCCAGCAGAGAGACGUGCUGCAGAACGGCCUGCUCAGCACCUGCAGAGAGCUGUCCAGAGUCAGCACUGAGCUGGAUCGAUCCUGGAGGGAGUAUGACCGAAUGGGGGCAGAUGUCACUCUGGCCAAGACCAACCUGCUGGAGCAGCUGGAGGCCCUGGGCAGCCCACAGACAGAGCCUCCGAGCCAGCGGCACAUCCAGAUCCAGAAGGAGCUGUGGAGGAUCCAGGACGUGAUGGAAGCUCUGGCCAAAAACAAACCACAGCGGAGCACAGACUGCAGUUUUCCUGGUUCCAAACCACUCUCCAGUAUACAGAAGAAUGAGGCAGUGACGCUGCUGCCACUCAGUCCUCUCGAGGAGGGCGACAGUGUGCCCCCUCGCCCGCCCCUCCCUCAGUACUACGACUCAUCAGAGCGUCCCCCUCACGUGCCCCCCCACCACUCGCACACCAGCGGCCGACUGGCCGGCCACACGCACCGCCCCGAGGACCGCAAGGCCGGCUCCAGGAACGGAGCGCACAGCCAAGCUCCAGACUACCGGCUGUAUAAGAGUGAGCCUGAGCUAACCACAGUGAAGGAGGAGGUGGACGAAGCCAACGGCGAGGACAAGGACAAGACAGAGAGUUCUGGCGAGAGUAAAGAUGCGACAGGAUCUAAAGUACCCCCCUACCCUGUGGGCAUCGUUCCUCCCAGGACCAAAUCUCCCAUGAGCCCUCCCGAGUCCUCCACCAUCGCCUCUUAUGUCACUCUGAGGAAGACCAAGAAGCCUGAAUCCAGAUCAGACCGUCCUCGGAGUGCAGUGGAUCAGACGGGAUUUGGGGAGCGAGAGGUGGGCAGGAUGAGGAUGAGUGUGGAGGAGCAGCUGGAGAGGAUGAGGAGAAACCAAGAGGCCUCAUCGCUCCGAGAGAAGAAGAGAGAAACCCCGUCCCGCUCACCUUCCUUCAGCAAAGAAAACCCUUUUAUUAUCCUGCAGAAUCGGGUCCAGGCGGAGGGGGCCUGUGCAGACCCUGUGGAGCUGGAGGCAGCUCUGCAGCAGCUGAAGGUGGCUCACAUGGAGCAGAGCAGGAUGGCUGCAGAGGCUACACCACAGGAAGUGCAGAGAGCGGAGGAGGUGCAGCAUGACAGAGACGUGACCCUGCAGAGUGGGAUGGAGCCGCAGGCUGAGACUAACAGCAUACACACCGAGCUGUGUGAAAGCCAGAGGGUGGUGAUUCUGGACCUGGGUACGGAGCCUCAGCGUGUGGAGAUUGUAAACCUUCAGCCUUUUGAGGAUGACGAAAGCCGAGAGCAAGAUCUGACCAGCUCACCAACAAACACCACCGAAAACAGCUUCCAGACUCCCGAGCCUGAGACGCCGAGCCCGGAGCCGAGGGAGGAGGACCCAGAUGUGACGCAGCAGACCACCAGAGAAGAGAAGCUGGAGAAGAGCCUGGAUUCUUCCAACCAGCUAACGGCGGACGACAAGAAACACAGCAACAACAACAACAACAUGUUGGCUUCACAGACGUUCACCUUGGUGACCAGCGACACGUGAGCAACGCCGGCCUCAACGUCCGCACACUGGCGUCCCCGUAAAAAGCCCAAAUGUAGCCAGCCUGCACCGAGCAUGCUCCACGGCUUCCUGCGUUUACAACAGAACUUUUUUGAUACUACUGUUACAUGCCCAUGAGGAGACUAAGACGGACGGCAGCCCUGCUUAGAGACACACAGACGGGCCGCCGUCAAAUCCAGACAGAGAGGAAGGCAGAUGUACUGUAUCUUUAGCUCCUGUUAGAUCUGUCCAUACUGAGCAGAACACACACUCUAUGGAGUCAUGUUCACCCCAAAACAUUUCUGCAUCAGAGUCACACUGUGAAAUGGUUUAAUCUUUUAGAAGACUGAAAUAUACUGUAUCUGCAAGCACAGACGUGUUCUUUGGGGUUGUAAAAUAAGUCUGUCACCACAUAAGAUGACUCACUCUCAUGUCAGAUUCACAACAAACCCUUUUUCUGGCUUCUCAAUGAGUCUCCAGCUGCGCAGUGACAGACAGCCACACAUAUCUGUACUUCGAAAAGGGAAGUGGUAAACCAAGAGAGCGCCGACUCGAGUCAGAUAACACUUGACCUGAAUGAUAGUCAUCACUACACUCCUGGAAAUAGGUCAGAGUUUAAUAAGCUGCUUCGUCUCCGUUCUGUAUCUGAGCCAGAGCUCGUUGAAAGAAUGUUUUUAGACCUUUUAUUGUCAAUGUAUUCAGCAGAGUUUCAAAUCUUUUAUCGAGGUGAUGUUUCCUGAACGACGGAUGCUGCUCUGCGUUCAUGAUAACACUAAUGAACACCUGCCGGCUGCCUAGUACCACCACAGUCUGACCUGUUAGGAUGGAGGCGUAGCAGAGCAGCAACACCUUCAGCACUGAAUGCAUCCUGUGAAGACACAGGCAGAGUGUAGGUUGCCCAUGUUUUAGCUCUGCACUCUGCAAUUUUACUUAUUGGUUCUUCAUAGAACCAUUUUCAUUUUAAAUGCAACAUUGGGCAAAGUAAAAAGUAAUCAAGUAAAGUCAUUUAUUACCUCAUAUAAAUUAUAGUCACAUUAUUUAUUACACUCUCUCUCAAAAGCAGUUAAGUCAUUAGAAUAUUACCCUUUACAGUUAGAAGUGACACCACAACAAUCAUUUCUACACACAGUCCAAAAUUAGUCAACAGAUUCAGCUUAUAACAGCUGUUUGUUUGUAUACUGGAGUAUAGUAACAAAAAAUAAUUUCCCCCUGGAAUUAUUAAAGUAUUUCUGAUUCUGAAAACAUCAUUAAACAUAAAAACUCCAUAGAGCUGCAACUGUGGCUUAAAGAACUCUUUUUUUUUUUGCAUUCAGUUCCCCAAAGAACCUCAGACAGAAAAAAAAGGAGUGUCGAGCUGCAUCGAUUAGUCCCUUAGUUGUCAGCUAUUACAUUAAUUGUCAACAAUUUUAAUCAUUUUUUAAUCAUUUUCAGCUUUUUUUUUUUUUUUUUUUGAGUAAAAAGUCCAACUUUUCUGAUUUCAUCUCCUCAGAGGUGAAUAUUUUCUAGUUUCUUUAGUCCUCCAUAACAGUAAAAUAAAAAUCUUUAGAUUGUGGACAAAAAAAAAAGACAUGUGAGGACAUCAUCUUGAGCUUUGGAGAAGCACUGACUGACAUUUUAUAUAAUUUCAUGGACCAAACAUUAAAGAAGAAUGGUUAGUUGCACCAUCUUCCUGAUCCCUCGCCAACAAUUCUGUCAUUGUUCUUCAUGGCAUGUCUAGGACAAGAUGAAUUGUUCAAACACUUUUAAAAAGAGCUUUCAGUUUAUCACAGCAGCCUGUUUAAUGAGUCACCUGAGAGGUAACGAAAUCAUUUCACAAUCUUGACCUAUGUUUUGUUUUGGGGUAAUAAGGCUCCAUAGAAACGUGUUGCCAAAUACACACACUCACGUCAAUAUACAGAACUCUUUUGAUAAAGUAUUAAAGUCAUCUUAACAUAAUUAUUAGAGUAUUCUACUGAUCUGGAGCUGUUUCUGAGGAGCUGGAGGUGAGUGUACAGCUGUAUAUAGGAGCACUGGAGAAGUCUCACCAUAGACGGGCUAAGCACCAAAACUCGACACACACACAUGCAGUGCUUUACUUUUAACCCCAAAGUGACCGCCGAUGCUCUUGGAUUUUAACCUGCUUUUGAUUUUUGGAUUCUUUGUGUUGAUUUGAGACCGGAGGCUCCCUUAUUGCUCUAUUUUCACAUCUUUUGCACCUGCAACAUAACAGAGUGUCCUUCAUUGGAUAUUUAUAUAUAUAUAUAUAAAUAUAUAUAUAAAAAAUAUAUAUAUAUGAACAUAAAGCAGAUUUUUACUUCAACAAGGUGCCACUUCAUGCUGCUGUUUAUUUUCUCUUUUUUUGGACAGAACAAAGUAUUUUGCAGAAGUUGUGAUUAUUUAUGUUGGGCAGACCGUCUGUCGAUGACACACACACACACACACACACAGUAUGUGAAUGUUUUGGACUUCCAGUCUGCUUUUUCAGUUGUGUCUCUUGUCGUUUCUCUCUCUCUCUCUUUGGUUUACAUUACUUAGAAGAUACAGAGUAAAGAGCCUGAGGACACGACACAGAAUAGACAUUUUGCGUUUGAACGUGUCCUAGGUGGAGACGAAUCGGAGAAUAGCACAUGUACGAAGCAAUAAGUAGGACUUUGGAGCUCCAGGAUAUAAAAAGAAAUUUAAAAGAGAUGUAUAAACUGUAAAAAAAACAAAACAAAAAAAAACUAAUAAAACAAGAUAGCGUAAUUUAUGUACACACUGAAAAGAAGAGCGAAUAUUAUAACUAUAAGAGGUUAUUAUUAAUAUUAUUAGGGUCAAUAUGCAAAAAGUUCAUAUCCCAUCUGUUUUAUAUCAUGUGAAAUAAAUGUUGAUGUUCUU